AUGAAGUGGGAUGACUUGAAGAAAUUAUUGAUGGUGGGUGCUUGUGGAAGCAAGAUUCUUGUGACUACGCGGAAUGCGGCAAUAGCUUCGAUAAUGGGGACGGUUCCUGCAUAUAAUUUGAAGGGUUUAUUAAGUGAAGAUUGUCUGACUUUGUUCUUGAGAAUGGCCUUUGAACAAGGUCAAGAAGUACUAUAUCCAAAUCUUGUUAGGAUAGCGUCAGAUAUAAUGCAGAAGUGUGAGGGGCCGAUGAGUACAAUGUUCGUUGAGAACUGCAUAGCAAGAUUCGCGCAACUUAGGGUGCUAGAUCUUAAAGAAUUGCCUGAUUCGAUUAACAAGUUGCUGAGCUUACAGACACUUCGACUUUCUCAUUGUGCACUACUUGAAGGAUUACCUAAAGAUAUAGGAAAUUUGAUCAGCCUAAGACACUUGCAUAUAACCACCAAGCAAACAUGUUUUCCUGAUAAAGCAAUAGGCUGCUUAUCAUCUCUUCGUUCUUUGUAUAUUCAUAGCUGCACGAAUCUCGUAUCUUUGUCUGAAGGCCUGCAGUAUUUUACUAGCUUUCGCACAUUGGCGAUUAUUGGUUGCCCAAGACUGACCUUUUUCCCAAGUAUUAUGAAACACCUUACUGCUCUGGAGAAUCUGAUGAUCGUUGACUUUGAAGAGCUUACAUUGUUGGAGUGGAAAGAUAUUGAAGGGCUUAGCGGUCAUUGGUUAUUGGAGGCUUACCCGAAUGGGAGUCAGAAGAUGUUCAAUGCCUCGGGAGCCUUAAGAUGUUAG